AAAAUAUGGGAAAGGAAAAUGAUCGCGCCUCUCAAUUCAUCAACCAAAAAUCUUUCCCCUUUUCCCCUCCGAUCUCUACGAUCUUUUCCCCUUUUCCCUCCGAUUUUUCCCUUUUUCCCUCCGAUUGAUGGAAAAAUUUCCCCUCCUUCCCUCUGAUCUCUACUCUUUUCCCUCCAAUUUAUAGAAAAUUUCCCCCUUUUUCCCUCCGAUCUCUACCGACCCGCUUCAAGAAAUUAGGAAAUAGAGGAAACCCUAACAGUUCUCUGCUCCCACUCGCUCAGAGGAAUCCUAAUUUUCUAACUGGAAAAUUCUUGAUCGUGUUCUAAAGGACGUGCUUCUCUACAAUUCUUUUACAGGUGGCUCUGGCUUUACAGAUUUACUACAUGCCAAGUUCAAGUUGCUAGAGAUAGUUGUUUUCGAGAUUUCUUGUCCUCCACAUGAUUCAAACUUGACAUUCUUCAGCUCCAACCCUUCUUGUUUGAAAGAAAUUCCUUCUCUAUACCUCGAGAGAUGGAACACAAUUACAUUGUCGAUAGGAGUUGGAUGUAUAAGGAAGAAAAUGAACGCUUUGAAGAUUUUUUUAUAGCUGGAGUCGAUUGUUUCAUUGAGUUUGCACUUCAGCAUUCGGUGGAACGCCGGUCCAAUGUAUGUUGUCCAUGCAGAAAAUGUCAAAACCGAUAUAGCUAUGAUACGAAAACCAUUAAAAUGCAUAUAGUCAAGAAUGGUUUUGUACAUGGCUACACUAAAUGGUAUUUUCAUGGUGAAAAUCGAAAGAGGCACCGGGAGGAAACAAUUAAUGUGCUUCCAUCAAGAGAUGACAUGGCAGGAAUGUUAACAUCUAUUUAUCCAUCGUCUUUGGCUUAUGAAAAUGACACGACUUCAGAUUCAUUAAAUAGAACAGGAAGAGAUAGGAAUGCAAAAAACUUUGAAAGUUUGAUCGAGGAUGCAAAGAAACCACUUUAUCCUAAUUGUCAGAAGUACUCAAAAUUAUCUUUUAUUGUUCGUUUGUUUCAAAUUAAGUGUUUGAAUAAAUGGAGCAAUAAGUCACUCUCCAGUCUUCUUGAGCUGCUUAAAGACCUUUUACCUGAGGACAAUCUCGUGCCAAAGACAUGGUAUGAAGCAAAGAAGGUGAUGGAUGAAAUGGGCUUAAAGUGCGACAAGAUACAUGCAUGUUGUAACGAUUGUGUGUUGUUUAGAGGAGAAUAUGAAAACUUGAAUACAUCCUAUAACGUCGAGAGUAGUAUAAACAACUCUCAACUUCAAGAAGAGCUAGAUGUUGCUAACCAGAAAAUCCAAGAGUUAUAUGUUGCUAAUAAGAAAAUUCAAGAGUUACAUGAGGAGAUACAGAAAAGAGCUGAGGAAGCGGAAAGAGAAAAGGCACGGGAAAAAGAAGAAAGAGAUUAUCAAAUGCAAGAAAUGCAAAGGAUAGUGUCUAGCUUUCAAGCCAUGGUUGGAUUAAACAGACAAACACAAUGAUUGAAUGCAGGCGGAAAUGCCUGCAGACAGUGGUUAUCCUGCAUAUCUGGCAUCACGUUUAGCCUCCUUCUAUGAGCGUGCUGGUAAAGUGAAAUGUCUUGGUGGUCCAGACCGGACUGGUAGCGUCACAAUUGUUGGUGCUGUUUCUCCUCCAGGAGGUGAUUUUUCAGACCCAGUAACUUCUGCUAAGAGAGAAGCAUAAAACUCCAUGAAGGGGAUGCUGCAAGGAUUUGCAAGCUAUUUCCAUAUGACACAGACUGAUAGAACUCAGAGCCUCAGUUGGGAACCUUAUAAAUUGAUGGUCCAAAUUAAAAAUUUUGUGAUUGUUCAUCAAUUUUUGGAUUUGCUCGCACGACUUGUAUCAAACAGUUCUUAGUUCUUUUUUUAAUUGAUCAAGUUACAUUUUUUACGGUGGUAA